GCCGCGACAGUCGGCGAGUCGCUCCAGUCGUGUCCACGGCGCCACAAGAGACGCACGCGCGGCAAAACUUCGAACCGGCCGGCUCCCGAAUAAUGUUUCAGUGUUUGACAAACUCAAUCGGAGGUCUCGGAAGAAGCGUAUUUAAUAAUUUACACUGUAUAACCGACCGCAUAUUCUCAGUGAGUGUUACGCAGUGUGUACGGAAAAAACUUUGUCGAAGAUUCUGAAGAAUCUUGUGUAAAAUUGUGUAAUUCGUCGGCUUCGGUCGGAUUGCGUUUUGCACAAACUUUUUUUGACGGUGUGCGUUGACACCUUCGCGCGCAUCGUCCCUGUGAUAAGGGGGCCUGUGAUAUCGACGAGUUCGUCUUAGCUUUAAAACUUAGUUAGAUUAGAUAUAAAUACAAAAUGUCGCCCGAAAUUGACGCUCAGAUACUCAACUUCGACGUAUGGGAGACCCUGGACGAGGAGUCCAUGGAGUUGACGCAGACUUCAGAGUUCUGGGCCCAAGUGCAGUACGAGGCGGAGCGGUUGGACUUAGUUCCACCAGACAAUUUCCAGGACUUGGUACCGGAGAAUGAAUCCGACUGGAGUAUAAUGGAGACACAAGAGGAACAGAGAGAAAACAAAGAAAACAUCGUGCACCAUGAUUGUAUGUGGGCUGGCUCCUGCGCAGAUUCGGUGCACCCUGGAAAUACUUUUGUGCCCACUGACUUCACACCGGCUACGCCUGGACAGAGCCUGCUCCGGCGGGACAACAUGUCUCCACCCAGACCUGAGACUCCGCCAUCCCUGGACGGGGACGAGCCGCCACAGUUCCGCCACACAGUGGACGUCGCUGGCACAGCUCUCCGUCUGCUCAGAGACUCAGCCGCAGUCGCUGCCGACCAUUCGUACACUUUGGCCCGGCAACAGUUCGACAACCUCGGAGUGCAGACACCAUCCGACUCUUGCGAAUCAGAGGAGGAGAUCGAUGUGGUGUCCGUGGGCACGUCGCAGCAGACGCUGGUCAGCCCGCACGUGCGCACCGACUCGCUGCCUCGCGCGCCGUCGGCGCAGGAGCGGCAGCACAUCCAGCGCACCGUCGCCUCCGCUAUGUCGCCCCGCUCGCCGCGCCCCGCGGCCAGGAAGCGCCUCAUUCCUCCCACUGGUAUCGCCACUUCCUCCACCACCACGCAGCGCCGCCGCACCCGCGGGCCCGGUCGUCGCGGCCGCCGCUCCAACACCGACACUGACUCCGAAGGCGAGUCCCCAGAGAUUGAGCGUCGUUCGAUACACAACGACAUGGAGCGCCUUCGCCGUAUCGGUCUCAAAAACCUCUUCGAUGAGCUGAAGAAACAGAUUCCGGCGACCAGAGACAAGGAGCGUGCGCCGAAAGUGGUCAUAUUGCGCGAGGCCGCCGCCUUGUGCCGCAAGUUGCGCGAGGAGGACUUGCAGCGAGAGAUCCUCAAGAAGCAACAGAACAAGCUGAUCACGAAGUUGAAAAAGCUUAGGACGACGCUUUCGGCGCGCUACCGAACAUACUGAACGCCGUCUGAUAAAGUGAUGGUCAUUAUUCGUUCCAGAGUGGAACCGCUAGAGUACUCUACGUGACACUAAAGGACUGUUAAUAUUGAUGUAAGUUGCUUCUGGACGUACUAACGGACGUUCGGUUUUCUAUUGUUGAUACGGUUGAAACCCCAUAUUGUUUUGUGCCCGGGGCCGUGUUGACGGCGAAAUAGUACGUGUAGAGUGGAGUCCUAUAAUAUUGUUGGAAUUUGUUAUUUCGAAUGAAAAGUCAGCUUUUUACGGCUUACUCUGCUUCUGUGGGAACGUACCGUAAUGUGUGCAGUUGAAAAGCAAUAACUGCGGUUAGUUUUGCUCAAACGAUAUUUUGCAGUGCCAAAGUGAGCCAUAAAGCUGUUGUUAACAUAAAUCCUAGGUCUUCAGUAAAAUAUCUCGAUAGUUACAGACUGCUUCAGAAACUUAGUAGACUGGUUUUACCUCUAAAACGUUUUUUGAAUUAUCAUAAAAGUAUACAUAGUUGACAUAGCGCAUUACAGAUUUACUCCGUGUUGACUAAUCAAAAAAGAUAUGACAUUUUGUGAUGAAUUGUUUCAUAUUGAAAGAUUUUUACUGGACCUCCCUAGUUAGUGAUGUGUCACGUUUAGUUUCGAUACGGGAGCACGUUGGCGAUUUAGUCGUGCGGUUCUGCUGCCGAUAAGUUGUCGAUAACUGCUACGUAGAGACCGAAUCAGAAGAGUUGGACCAAGCGACCAAAUCGCUAUAGUGUUGUGUGGGGCAGAGAGCCCGAGUCAGUCAGAGCGGGAGAAGUGUGAGAGGUCAGCGCCGGCAGAGGUGGACGCCGGCGCGCGUGGUUGGCGAUGUUUGGCCACUUAUAUGUUUCGGCCCGAUUCGUAGGAUUAUUUUCGACCGAGAACGAGGUUGAUAUUAAAAUGGAAAGCUAUAUUUUAGGUUUAGCACGCUUACGGUUUUUUUGUAGUGUUUUGUUACUCGUACCUAGUGAAUUUUAACAAUUUUAAUGUUUUUACAUUUUAGUCACGCGAUUAACUCCGAAGCGAUAUUUAAUUAAUAACAACGUUGGAAUUGUUGCAAUUGGACCAUUUUUUGAAGCUAUUAAUUAAUAAUAUACAUACAAUGCACCAGCUGCUUUUGAUGAUGAAAUAAUGUCUCAUUUAACUUAUGUGUAAUUUAUCUGUAAAUGAGCCGUUCACACGGUGUGCGCGCGCGACUGUCGUCUGUCUAUAUACCUAAGUACCUACUUUAUGAAUUAGAAAGAUUGGGCGAAAGAUCUAGUAUAUAAUAAUAACAUGUAAUCGCGGUCGCACGCUAGAUGUUUGCACUUUUAUAUUUGUAUGGUUAUGAUUAUUACAUACGUCAUAAUUACGUCGCUUAGUGGUCAUUCAUAAUUAGUUUUUUAUUAUUAUUCGACGAUUCGGUAAAUGCACGCAAUCAUGAAAAUUACCAUUGACACAAAAUUGUUAAAUAUAGUCCAGUUGACGUACAUUCAGUGAAAAUAAACAUUAAUAUGUAUAAUCUCAGUGACAAAUGCGUCUGAUUAAGAAUAGACUGUGUAUUUUGAUAACAACAUCAAAAUCUAUAGAUUCAGUUAAGAGUCCGAAAAGGAUUUUAAUAUUAAAAUAUAACCAAGACAUAGUUCCUCAUAGUACCUACUAAUAGUAAAUUGUGCAUUUUCUUUAUGAUAUUUUUAUUGCGGUAAGUUUAGUGAUGUACUCGCGAUAGUUAUUGAGUAUCGAUAAAAAUAUUAAACCUGGCCAGAUAGAUAAAAUUAUCGACUUGCACUGUACAAUUUUACAAUGCAUUUUUUUAUACAUGAUGAUACGAUGACGGAUUUUUUUAUUUUACUGUUCAGGUUUGCAAUAGAAGUUGAUGUUUUAUCAAGCACAUGGUCAGCGAUUUUGUACGUUCAAAGGCUUUAAUUGUGUGCGGAAUGUGCCUUGCUAUGUAUAUAUAAAUAUAUAUAUUAGGUUUAUACUCGAAUUAGUUGCGAAAAAUAUUUUUCUGUGAGAUAUACUAUAAAAUAUGUAGUAAUAUAGUGUUGUUCUAAGUAGUGGUUACACGAAGUCUAAUAGUUAUCGUGUUAAAGAUUCGCAGUUUAUUCUUCCACUAGGCGUAAAGUGUAUAUACUAGGGUAAUAGGUCAUAGAUAUUGUCAUCAUUUUUUGUAAACGAGUUUUUUUUCUCUAGUAAUUGUUUAGUUUUCUUAACUAGAGAGUUACGAAUUCUCGAAUGUUGUACCUGCAUUUAAUUUUUUUUUGUUAUUCUUAGCUUGACAUAAAUAAUAAAGAUAAUAAUGUUUUAGUUGUCCGAAAAAGAAUUAUCUUACUUCGGUGAUAUGAUGACAUUGUAAGAAUGUAGAAUUACAUUAGGAAAAAGUCAGUAGUUAAAGAUUUAAUUAUGGUAAGCGAAUCAGCUUUAUAAUCGGUAGACAGAUCAUGAUAUCGAUAUCGACGAAGAAAAUACUGCACUAUUAUGACAAGGCACAUUUCCACCACUGCCAAAUAAGAAAAAAAUAGGAGCGUGAAAAUUUUUACUAAGCGUUUGAUUUGUAAAUUUUAUAAAUAAGGUUGGUAAAUAAGUCAUGUUAUAGUUGUUAAUUUUUACUUUUCUUUGGGUAGUAUCGUUUACGUAAGUAACACCUAGCCACCGCGGGGAGGGACCACGGGCGCGGGGCGCGGUGGCUCGGGCGCCCCUACAGAGAGUGCACGGUGCAAAAGAUCCGCCUAUUAUUAACGUUGCACGAUGCCAUCUCUGAAGCGGCGCUCGGUAGCUGUCGAUAUGUAAUGUGUACCUAUUGUACUUAUACUUUAACUGUACGAUAACUAUAAUUGAUUUUUGUCUGAUUUAUAAUGUAUGGAGAGAAACUUUUUUUUUUGGUUUUUUGUUCCUUAAUUAUCUGUACCGAAAGUUAAGAUAAUCAUUAAAUAUGGAAAUAAAUACUAGGGCCGGGUUCUGGCAGAGCUACGAAACGUUUGGCUAAUGAUUGUAAUUUUUAUACUUAUCGAUGUAAUUCGGGUUUGAUUUAUAAAAUGUUUAUACUCUGUGAUUAUGUAUGUACCUUUGUGGUAUUUAAGGUGAAGUUUUACUAGCUCUGUCGGGUUCGGUCAAUAAAAAAAGA